AAGAUUUACACCGAAGCUCUAUUGUUUCUGGAAACCGACCCAGUGGCAGACCUAAUGAGUAGGCCAGUACUUACAAAGCACCACGCUUUCAUGAACUUUGCGAUCUCGCUUUGUCUUGAGCAUGCUAGUAUGUACGCCGAAGCACAGAAACACUGCCAGACCUCUGUCGCCAAGUCUGGCGUUUUGCUGAAUAUGAAAGAUACUGCUGAGGAGAUUAAACUCUUGUACCUUGGUGGACUUGAGAAAAUGGAGGUGCUGAAGUGGAAGGGUGCGGUACCAAUGCCUCCCAAGCUCCAUGUGGUAGUACACCCACAAUUAUCUCAGACGUUUCUAGCUAAGAAGGCGGCGCUUGAAGCUGCUUUACAGCAGUGACCAGGUAGUAAAUAUAUGAGAGAAGACCAGAUUUGUGUUUGUUUUGCGCAACUUUAAAAUUCUGAAAGAGACUAUUCAUGCAUAUAGACUUUGUAGUUUGAACUUGAAUCAGAGUUGUGUUGCAGUGGCUGUAAAUAAAUAAAAUGUGAAGAGGGAGAUU